CACUGCUGACUGAAGCGCAGGAUGGAUUCUGUCUUCACUCUGACAGUGUAGGAUAAGUAGUAUUCUGGUAACACACUGGAGCAGACGAUGUGACGAUGAGAAGUCUGAAGUUGCUUAAACUUUAAUUCAGUUUGCAAAAAACAACUAAGAGCAUUGAAGCUUGACUAUAUUCAGUAUCACAGGAGAAAGAAAAACAGGCAGAUGGAGAUGGAGACGACCACAAUGCCUCCAAGGAACCCGAGGCCCACAAUAGACGAAGAUGCACUGGCAUCCCAGGUGCUGGAGAUCAUUGAUGGGAUCACUCAAGAGGCUCUCCAGACCCCAGAGGAACCUGAAGAGAGAGAUAUGUGGCUAAUGGAGGAGGGAGAUGACUCGGUGUUCUACAGUGACGAGGAGCAAGCUCACCAGGACAGAAAAUCAAACACAUCUUGCGGAUUUGGUGCCAACGAGCGUGAGCAUCUUGUCAACAGUGUGGCAGCUGAUGAGGAUGAUACAGUGGGAGAAGAAGAAUCCAUUACUGAGGAAGAAGUCACAGAGUUGGAGACAGAAGUGACUCAGCAGGUUCCUGUGACUGAACAAGAAGAGGAAGAGCUCCAGAGGCCUAAAACUGAGCCUGAGGAUCAGUCAGAUCCUGCAGAUCCAGGGGCACAGGCUAUAACUCCAGAGACGUCUGUGAGUGCAUGUGGAGAAUCACUAAACUGCCCAGCUGCUGACAUGCAAACACAGCAGAAUAUAUCAGCAGCAAAAGCAAAUCUACCAGCUGAGAAGAAAGAAGUGACACCCAACCUCGUCCCAGAGCAGAUGUCCAGUGCUGAACUCCAGAUACCAGGUAACAGGCAGCUUCAGGUGGACCACAAGCCAGAGCAGGACCACAACUUCCAUGUCCCCGUGGGGUUUCAUCAAAAGCCCAAUCCAGGCUACUCCACUCUGCCUCUGCCGAAGAAAUCCAGUGGCAGCGCCAGCUCCCAGAAAUCCUUCAACCACCUCUCUUCCUCCAAAUACAGCACCGUGUCCUACCGCAGGAUCCGCAGAGGCAACACCCGCCAGAAGAUAGAGGCAUUUGAGCACAUGAUUAUGAAUUUGUAGGAUGGUUUAAAAGGAAAAUAAAAACUACCGUAACACAAAAAAGAGCAUACAGGAAGCUGAUUGCACGUCUACAGUUUACAUAUUUAUUUGUUCUAAAAUCUUGUACAUGGUAUUGGAAAAUCUCUGAUGUAACUCCAGAUUUCAUAAAGUCUUUCAAAUGAAGAGUGCCAUUUAUAUCUUCUGUGUAGCAUCUGAUUGGAGAGCGAUGCCUAAAAACCAUCCCACGUCUAGGAUGUACUUCAUGUUUUUCAUUUGAUUGUCUGAGGAUGAAAGCAUCUUGUUAUGUAAGGCAGGUAUUUGAGCAGCAGAUUACACAAAUAAGACGCUCAGGGCUUUAUAAUCCUAUAAUAACUAUGACGCUGUUUGGUAUUAGAGCUUCAGUGUUUUCAGGUGAUUUACUGAACACACAUACUAACAUGUCCCAAUGACUGGUGGAUAAGGACAAAAACAAUAAAGAAAAAC